CUGGCGGACGCGCUGGGCGUCACUUCCGGCGGCGCUCUGUAUUUCCGGGUCCGUGCUGGCCGGGCACUGGGGCUGAAAGUCACUUUCAGGAAGGAGUUGCCGUAGCUCGGAGUAAGGGCCAUGGCCGAGAGCAUCCAGGAGAAGCUGAACAAGUACAAAACGGCGCCGUUCGACAGCCGCUUCCCCAACCAGAACCAGACCCGCAACUGCUGGCAGAACUACCUGGACUUCCACCGCUGUGAGAAGGCAAUGGCCACCAAAGGAGCCGACCCCCUGCCCUGCCAGUGGUAUCACCGCGUCUACAAGUCGCUCUGCCCCAUCUCCUGGGUGAACAACUGGGACAGCCGCCUGGAAGACGGCACUUUCCCUGGCAAGAUCUGAUAGGCUGACAGCUGCGGGUUGGGUGCUCUGCCCACCCCCCUGGGGCACAGCGCCUGGCACUGAGGGGUAGGUGGUUUCAGGCCCGUCCGCCUGCUGGUUCCAGUGCCGGUCUCGUUUGGACUCGCAGGGCUGUGAGACAAUAAAAGGGAUGAAAACCGG